AUGCCACCAAAAUUCGAUCCUACAGAAAUUAAAAUCGUAUACCUUCGUUGUGUUGGAGGAGAAGUUGGAGCUACAUCAGCUCUUGCCCCAAAAGUCGGUCCACUUGGUUUGUCCCCGAAAAAAAUUGGAGAUGAUAUUGCUAAGGCCACUCAAGACUGGAAGGGUCUUAAAGUUACAUGUAAAUUGACCAUCCAAAAUCGUGUUGCUAAGAUUGAUGUUGUUCCAUCUGCUGCUUCACUUAUUAUUAAAGAACUUAAAGAACCACCACGUGAUCGUAAGAAGGUUAAAAAUAUCAAGCACAGCGGAAAUUUGAGUUUUGACACAAUUCUCAAGAUUGCUCGUACCAUGAGACCACGUUCAAUGGCUAGACAACUUGAAGGAACCGUCAAAGAGAUACUCGGAACUGCUCAAUCUGUUGGUUGUACUAUUGAUGGCCAACACCCACAUGACAUUUGUGAUGCCAUCAAUAAUGGAGAAAUCAAAGUUCCAGAAGAGUAA